CUGAAAACGCUUUUAGCAGACAAGGGAGAAAUCAGAGUGGGGCCUAGAUACCAAGCAGAUGUGCCAGACAUGCUUGCAGAAGUGCGGUUGGCACGUUUGCUCGAGCGCUGGACUGCAGUAGUUCUGUCAGACAGCCUAGUUUACACAUGAGCGCAGCUGCUGCUUCCCGAGACAUCACACUGUUUCAUGCAAUGGAUACGUUGCAUAAACACAACUAUGAUUUGAGCAGUGCCAUCAGCGUUCUAGUCCCGCUUGGAGGGCCUGUUUUGUGUAGAGAUGAAAUGGAAGAAUGGUCAGCAUCAGAAGCUAGUUUAUUUGAAGAGGCACUGGAAAAGUAUGGGAAGGACUUCAAUGACAUUCGACAAGACUUUCUUCCUUGGAAGUCACUGACCAGCAUCAUUGAAUAUUAUUACAUGUGGAAAACCACUGACAGAUAUGUACAGCAGAAACGUCUGAAAGCAGCUGAAGCAGAAAGUAAAUUGAAACAAGUAUACAUCCCCACCUACAACAAACCAAAUCCCAAUCAAAUAUCCAGCAACAAUGGGAAACCUGCUGCAGUGAAUGGAGCAGUGGGAGCCUCCUAUCAGGCACAGGCCUCGCUAAUAGGUCGCGCUUGUGAAAGUUGCUAUACUCCGCAGUCUCACCAGUGGUAUUCUUGGGGCCCCCCUAAUAUGCAAUGUAGAUUGUGUGCAUCUUGCUGGAUUUAUUGGAAGAAAUAUGGUGGCCUGAAAAUGCCCACACAGACAGAUGAAGAUAAGCUGUCUUCCAGCCAACCUACAGAGGAGUCCCAUGUUAGAACUCACAUGUCCCGCCAGGCCACACAGGGAACUCCUGUUCGUAACACUGGGAGUCCAAAGUCAGCAGUGAAAACACGCCAAGCUUUCUUUCUUCACACAACGUGUUGGACAAAACUUGCCCGCCAGGUCUGCAAAAAUACCCUCCGGCUGCGGCAGGCAGCAAGACGUCCUUUUGUCCCUAUUAACUGUGCUGCCAUUAAGGCAGAAUAUGCAGAUCGACAUUGUGAAGUUGCUGGAAAUCCUCUGAAGAUCAAAAGCACCAGAAAACCACUAUCGUGUAUCAUUGGGUAUUUAGAGAUUCAUCCUGCGGUGAAACCUAAUGUAAUCAGGUCAACACCAAGCCUUCAAAGCCCAAGUGCAAAGCGACUGCUUGCACCACCUAAUCACUCUUCGUUAAGUAUUUUGGGAAAAAGAAGCUACACUCAUCAUAAUGGCCUUGAUGAAUCAUCCAGCCAUACAACAAGAACAAUAAUGCAUGCUGCUCCCCAUGUUCAUAUGACUAAUGGUAAGGCCUUGCAAGCCAGUGCAAGUGCCAUUAAGACAAGCACCAUUCCAGUGAUCAAGAGACAGAGGCAAAAUUGGCUUGAUGCUUCAGAUGAUGGUUUCUUUAUAGCUACAGAAGAGACCAGAAAAAUUCGUAAGAAGUUCACCAGAUCACAGCUGAAAAGAGCUUCCAGAACACCUUGUACUCCAAUUAUUGCGAAGACAGUCUCUCAUGAACAAUAGGCAGGCACAAACAGAGCCUGAAACCAUCCUGCACUGAAGAUAACAGCGACAGCACCGUAAUUGUGUCAGAAUCAUGUUUAAUUGUGAACACAGAUACAACAGGACCUUCCACAAGCAGAAGAAAGACAGAAUCACUGUAAGGCCAGACUGUGGCUGGGUUUUGUGUUCUGGGCAGGAUCCAACAGCAGCCCUUUUUUUCUCCCCCGUCUCUGCAAGGGCUACUUCUGGUUAGCUGUGCUAGCCGAUCUCCGAUUGUCCUACUGUUCUUCCCAUCACCAGUCAGUAGAUUGGCUGUUCGAGAAGGGACGGGCACUGAACACGUUGGCGUAUGGAUGCAGAGUAUACCCUCCAUGUUUGUCUAUGCCUUCUAGUGGGAUGAUGCAAAAAUAUGCAGCUUUCAGGAUGAUUGCAGUGUCUUUAAAGCAGGAUUUAGCCCUUGAGGGGCUGCAUUUUCAAAACCAGCUGCAAACUUUGGGUGUUUGGAUUUUUCAGUGUCAAUUUGAGUCACUUUGGACUUGAUUUUCUGAAGUGCUGGGCAUCCAGAGCCUCAAAUGAGGACAAGCAGUUGCUCUGCAGUUCGGAAACUUAGACCAAAUUAGGCAGUGCCCAGAAUUAGUGGCCAAUUUUCAAAAUGCUGGCCAUGUUAACUUUGGUUAAUAUCCUGGAAAGUGUUGUGUGUGACAGUGAACAUCCAGCUGGGCUAGUUGCUUGUGUAGGAACUGGUCCCAUUGUCUGUAUAUUUGCAAGCAUCCAUCUAUUCCUUUGGGCAUUUUUAACAUUGCUUGAAUUCUGUUCUGAAUAGAGAAAACCAGCAGAAUGCCAUUCCCAAGAAAACAUGGAGAAAUAGAAUUUUUCCUAUCAGAAAUGCCUCUCUAUACAGUAAUUCUUACAUUUUAAUACAUCUUGAUGAAAAGGUGUGUCUUGCAGAAUUCUUUGCUUUGAAAUUCAUGAUUGUAAGGCUGCAGAGGAAUACCUGCCAUGGAGAGAUGAUGUGCCUUUUGAAACUAUUUGUAGGAAACUGUCAGUCCUGCUGGAGGUGGGAACGACAGCAGAGGCAGGUCUUUUUCUACUCAGGUACUUACAGGUUAACAAACUCCGCCCUACUUUGAAAUGAAGAAGCAACCAGCCUGUUGCACUGCUACGUAAACUUAGAUGUGUUGAUUAUCUGAGGCGGGUUAUGUCCUUCGCUGGAUUUGGUUUCCAUGUGGCUUUAAAAUGUAGUCAGACACUGAAUACAUUAUAAGCUGAGACAAACUUCAAGACUUUUUUCUGAUUCUUUACUAGGUAGCUCUAACAGUAUUGUCUAGAUGUCAGCUCUGUGCUUAGAAUGACAAAGACUCGAGUGGUACCUCAUGCCUCUGGGUGAUCCCAAAAGAAGUAUUUCUCCGCCAUGGGAUUUAUGCUCUCAGCCUGAAAGAAGUCUGCAAUAUCAGCCAAUAGCUGGCCACACUGUGAGUGUAGGAUUUUGAGCUAUUGAGACAAAGUCACCCAGAUGUUUCUUCAAGAAAAGCAAGCACAUUUGACCUCCUGAAGGGACUCACUGAUGAUUUGCCUGAGUGAUGGAUCCAGGCCUUGUCCACUAUCCUUCACCAGCAAGAAAAACGUGAAUCUGAAGGAGACGUUACGAGAUGAAGUGCUUAUGGUACCCUGAGCACCUUAGUGAAUGUCGAUGAUUUGGAUCCAGUUGGAGAAGACCUGGGAUUCAUCUGCUUACCAUUCCUUUCAGUAGCUGCCAAAGCGUGCGGUCCUAGGAGUCUCUUCUCUCCACAGAAUCUGCUUUUUCCUCACAGCAGGAGGGCUUCUCAUCAGAUAAUGAGCAGAGACAACCUAUUCGUAUUCAUAAGAAUUGCCUUUAGUAACUGCAACGUGUGGAAAUAGCUUCUGUAUAAUAGCUUCCUCACCCAUUAAUAUAAGGAAAACAUGAUCAUUCAGAAAUCUAUUUGACUGAAAGUAUGAAAAGCAUAAACAGAAAGAGCUUUGUCUCCCUCCAGCAUCACUGAAAUCACACACAGCAGACUUGUUUUCGGUGUCAUUAGAUGUAAGGUCGUAGAUUUUGUAUGAUUUACCCUGCCUUAUUAAGCUUGUACUCAAAUUCUUUCUUUUAGUUAGUGUACUGCAAUGUCUGGCUAGCGUUCUGUAAAAUCUUUGUGUACUCUGUUUUCUGCUUUUGAUGAAAGUAUUAGUAUUUGUAAUAGUCUGAAGUGAAGUCAUUUUUGUUUCUUUCCCUCUGAGGAGAGAGAGAUUUGUAACACGACUUGCUGUUACGCAGCCAGCUGCCUGAUACAGUUAUCUUUUGCAUCAAAUCCAAGGUAAGGAAACAUCCUUCUUUACAGCUUCAAGCUGAGACGCUUCAUCCGGAUACGCUGGUAAUUAUGCUGUGCCGCUGCAUGACAGAGUCACUUCACAGGUUGCGGUAGCCUCCUCUUGGGGAGGGUAAGGCAGGAAGGAGACUGUUCGUUGGAGUAACUUCUCUUCCGUCUUUAAACUGUUCUACAUGCAGCUGCACAGAGACGUUCCCUCCCCUAAAACGCACAUGUGCACAGAGAAACUAUACUCCAUGUAUUGCACAUUUGUCUUUUACCUACUCUCUCAAACUUAUCUUUCCUGCAAGAUGUUCUCCAGGGCUGGAUACCUCUGAAUGUCAACAGAAAGCAUCGCUGGAAGAUUAGUUGAAAAUGUAUUCUGUUGUGCUUGGGCACAGAGAUUUAAGCUUGGUAGAAACUGUCACACUUCUUUCCACAGUGUCAUACAGUUUCAUGCUUUCUGUUGAGUUAAAGAUUUGUUCACUGGCUAAGAGCAAGGAUGACACAUUCUACUGUAAGCUAUAACGGUAUAUCCGCAACAAACCAGAGCUCAGUACAGUUUUUGUCAAGCUUCUCAAGCUAGUUAUUUUAAAACUAGCUAACAUAUCUCAGUCAUCAACAUUGAAACUGAGUAUAAACAUAAACCUCAGAAACAAGGACAAGAAGUUUUGUUCUUACUGAGAAUGUGAGCAAGAGAGUCUAGCCAGCAUCAUACUGCAUUUUCAAUACGAUUUAUUUUCUUGUUAGCUAAAUAAGGAAGCUAUAUGGAAAAACUGCCUCUUAUCUUACAAAUACGGGAUUAGAAAACCAUGCAAAGUGCAUGAUCUUUCUGUGUUCAGAGGUCUCAUAAAAAGUAGGAAGAUCUUGUUAAAAUGCGCACAUUACUGAUUUCAAGUAUAUAACUACUUUACUCUCUUGAAAUAUUUUGUAUAUUUUUUUCAGAUUAUUUUUAAAGGCUGCUAUUUAGUGAUGGAAAUUUUGGUUUUGUAGGAUGGAAAAAUGAGGUUUUGAAAUAUGUUGGUGGUAUGAAAGUAACAUCCUUUAAAUGAGUGUUUUGUUUAAGGCAAAUAGUGCUUUUGUUUCUGCAGUCCUAGCCUUGUAGCAAUGUAUGAAAAACGGGGUGGGGGUUGAAACUUCUUCUGAAUGAUGAAGAACAAACAAGUAGUAAAAAUGGUGAAAUGGAAUUUGCACUUACGUUAUGUACACUUUUUAUUAAUCUACAGUAAGAUUUUUUUUUUUUAUAAACAUGAUUUUAACCCAGUACUUUCCUAAUUACUAAGGCUUAAAUAAAAUGGAAUGGCUGUGUUGUAGUUCCUGAUUGUAGUCACAGCAUAAACGUUUCACAGCCUUGUGCAGAGAGCAAUUAUAAUCCUUCAGAAACAGUUCAUUGCAAAGUACAGUGGACAUUGUGUCUUUAUAUAUGUGUACUUGCUAUGGUAAUGAAAGUGUUAGAAUCCUCUGGAAAUUUCAGCAAAACAAUAUUCAUUCUUCAUUUUCUCUUGAAGGUCCUUUAUAUAAACCAUGUCUUCAUAAACCAGAGUGGGUGUCAAGAGAUCUGAGUUUAUAUAACUGCACAGUGGAAUUUUUUGGAAUAAGUCAGGACUUUUUUAUUCAAAUGUUGCAUGUUGAGGGAGGCAACCUAAUUUUGGAAUAAAGAGGUUUAGGAUAAGAGUUUUGAGGAUGUAUAUUAUUAUCGAUAAAUUUUCAGAACAUGCUCCCGUUGCUCAUAAAGAUUUAACAGUUCAUAUUGAAAUACAGUGUUGAAGAAUAAAUAAAAACGAAGCAUGAAGGAGCUUUCAUUUUUAAAAUUCUAUUGUUUGCACUGAAAGGGGAGUGGUAAAACUGGGCGGCUAAAUGCUGAGUGUUUGAGGAUGUGGAGCACCUUUGAACUAAACAUAGUACUACUUGAUUUACAUUAAAGUGUCUUUGUGUACAAACGUUGUGACUCUUGGCCCUUUUUGCAGGAAAACGCUUUCCUACGUUGACAUUUUCAUCCUAUUUUAUCAUAAGCAACUGAACAAUGAAGAGACUGAGAUUUGAUGAGCUGUUUAAACUGCACUAUAUUUAAAGACAAUAGUUGAAUUAGGGAUGAGGAAAGAAGAUUCGGAAGACUGGGAGGGAGAGACAGGAGGUAUUGGUCAUUGCACUGAGACACUAGAAAAUUUCUUAGGAGUGAACUGAAAUCUAGGCAGAGGGACUCAGAGUCCACAGAAAAUACUGGAAAUUGCAGUGAAGUGAUUCUAGCGCAUGGACCUAUCUAAAUUUUGCAGAUCAGUUCUGGUGACGACAAUUUUGGAUGGUGUCAGUUUGGUAACACCUAGGACUGAUAUAUUCCAAGAGGUGUGGGAUGUAAUCUGAGAACUUGUCCUUACUAAUGUCUGAAGUAAUUUCCUAAACUAAGUUGGGUAUUUUUUGCGGAGGAGGAGAUCCAUACAUGGGGCUUCUGAACAGAAAUGAUGGCUGCUACUUCACAGGUUCCUCCAGGGAAGCGUUUUGCGUCUCCUAAUCCCUGCUAUCUAUCUUGGGGAAUGCGGGACUGGAUCCAUGCGUUAUCUGCCUGCUAGGGUUUGAGUUGCUGUCUGAUCCACACAUCAAUUUUUGUUUCAGGUUUCUGCACUUGAACUGAUGUAUUUUUUUUUCCUCCCUCCCAUGAAGAGGGCUGUGGAGCUUCCAAGCAGCAAAACUCCGGUUCUUCUGUAGCCUUUGGAUUUAUCUGGCAUGAUGAGUUACAUAUAUUAGCCCUUCUGAGUGGAGAACACUAGUAGCAAGGAGGGGAUAAUCCGCCCUUUGCUGAGGGAGCUAGGGAAAUGGGCAUUGCAUUAAGCAGACUUACAAGAAACCACAGUCAAAAAGAAGGAGGUCCAAGACACUAAUUACUUCCAAAGGAAGAAUAUAAAACCUUUCCAUUGCUUGAAAUACAUACUUGAGUGACCAGUUUACUCACUAGAACAGUAUUGAUUUUAAAUGUAAAGCCUCAGCAGUGAAGGGACGGGUACUUAAAAGUGUUCUUUUCUCCUGGUUGCCCUCGCACCAGCAAUCUCAGAAACAAAACAAAACCAAAAAGCUCUGUACUCUCUACUUAAAAGCCUAAAAUAAAAGCAGAAAACAUUGGAGAGGGCACUUUACUAGGAUCUGAGUUCUUGUUUGGUCCUUGGUAUAAGCAGAGCUUUCAUAAAAUGCUGUAAAUGCAGAAUACAUUUUCUGAGAGACUAAUUUGGUGAAACACUUUUCCAUAAAGUCUGAUGCAUUAUGGCUUUUUAAACAGUAGAAAACUAGCAGAUCAGUGAUUAUUCUGAUUUAAAUUUAAGGAAAAAAGCCUAAAUAGGCUUUAGGGCCUUGUUAUGUUAGAGCCCCUUAUCACCACUGUGGCAGGACCAAAGGUUGUUCAAAGAAAUGCACGUUCUUCGUAAGCUAAAUAGGGGGAUCUUUUGGAAAUUAGAACUAUUUAUUACUCUUUUACAUUAUGUUGACAGGCAGAAGCCAGGCCAAAGCAUUGCGUUUGGCCUAGAGUUUUUGAGGUACAUAUUCAGGUCAAAAUCUUGUAUAAUAUCGGUGAAAGGCUCCAUGUUUGUGUUUUUUCUGUCAUUCAGAUAGGCUUUUUAAAGUAAGUGGUUUAUUUCUUAAAGUCUGACUUUUCUGCAAUCAAUAAAAAACAGAGUCAGAGUAGACUAUUUCCCCUAAAGUUUCCAGAGUUGGAAGCACUGCUCUGUGCAGGGAAGCGCUUUGAUUUGGCAGGAGAGCAGUCUAGACUUCCAUUAGAACUUUAGUCUGUUUUCAGACAGUGGAUUGAAGAGCAGUUAAAACGAACCAUUGAACCUCAAGAUUUGCAUUUAAUCCGUAAGGUAGUUGUGUUGCACAGUCUGCCUGCAGGAUCCUGACUCUGUCUUAGCUGUCUGUAAAUCUUGCCCUGUUGUUUGUUUUCCCUAUUUGUAAUAUUAAGCUCAGUACCAAUUGGCUUUUUCAAGGGGACUAAACUCCAUCCGUAGAAAUCGCAGGAUUUCUAUGUGCACAGUUAAGGCAUGGUUAAAUGUCUUCUCCUUUUAUGAUCUCUGGUUAUGCUUCUGCUUCUUGUGGUACAUGUUCAGAAGUAAAAAGGAGAGCUUGACGCUGUUCCCAUCCCCAGGGUCCAUGGGUUUGGCUCGGUUGCUGCUGAAUGCCCGGAAGGGAAGGUUGGAUCACUUCUUACUCUAAAAUCAUAAGUGAAGGGAUAGCCCCUCUGGUUCGUGUGUCCAUCACACCUAGCGCGCUGGUGUCUUGCUCUGUGGCUAGAAAAGGCUCCCUGGCACUGCUGCAAUUAGAAGCUUAAUAAGCAGUUGAGCCUGGCUGAGCCCUCUGGAGAUGCUCCCAUUCUGCUGUUGCACUAUUGGAAUAUGCUGCUAGCCCUAUUAUUUAAUGGCAUUUUUGGAUCCACUCUCUUCCUGAUUCCUUUGCCGGUGCUCAGACAUCCUAAUCCUGCCAUGUUGUUUUCUUCACUCCCUUCAACUCUCAUCUCCUUCUAAGAAUUUUAGCUCAUUUCUUUUCUCAGAGUGAAGUCAAGGAAGAUUAUGGUUAAGAUAGUAGAAGCAUCUAGAAGUUUUUUCCCCUCCCACCUUCUUCGUUUUCCAGUUUAAGGCCAGUUUUUAUUUUGUUAUUUCUUCCUUUACACCUUCCUUUCUGUUGUUCUUUCCUCUGCUGCUAACAAUUUAUCUUAAAUGCCAGGAUCUUACUUAGAGUAUGACAUAGUCUUCAAAAUCACAGAUUUGUACCUAUCAGGGAUGAGGGCAGUGAACACCCGACAUGGCUUAUGGAUCAAUAAAAGUAGAUAGCAUAUUGGCCAAAUCAUCAGAAUUCAAGUCCGGAUUAAUAUUUUAAACUCACCAAGCUUCGUAGUUGUUUGGAGCCAGUGUCUUUGUACUGUUCAUUCUAAAGACAGGGGCCUGCUGCGAACUUGGGAUCUCAACCUGUGUUUGACUUUUACAUCCUUCCCUAAGGCUAAGUUCUGCUUUGGGGUUUGGCUCGAGUGUAUCUAUUGCACAUGCUUUGACAACCUGUAAUUAGAGAUGCUGCUUGAAUGUUGAGUAGCUUUCUUCUAUUUACUGCAUGUGUGGAUUCAGUAUGAAAGAUUUAAGUAUAAGAAUUUAAAUGAAGUGACUGUCUAGCUCUGGAUUUUCUCCAUCUUCCCUUGAUGCACUAAUGAGAAUCAAUUGCAGUUGGUUAUUAUUUUUAAAUAGCAGUUAAUCUGAGAAAACCUGACUCACUAGCUCUUUUCAUUCUACUGAUUUGAUUUCAGCCUUCUGCCCAUCUGGGCCAUCCUACAUAAACUAUUCAGAAACCAGUGUGAAAGCUCACUGGUGCACAUCAGCAAAGUCAAAGACAUUCAUCCUGAUAACCCAGCAAGGUGCUGUCUGGAGUAGUAGUCUCUGACCCCUUGUCUUCUUAUAGGAAAAAUCCUUCAUAAAAGAAGUAGCUUUGCACUACAUUCAUUCUCUCUUGUGUAGACAGAGAAAUCAUUUCCUGAGUAGAUCAAUGUAUCCUGUUUAGGGAUGUUCUGAAAGAAUCUCUCCCUCACAAUAAGAACUGUAGAAUUAAUCUCUUUAAAGUUGCAUGAAGCUCCUAGAAAUGGCCUUCUGGUCAAACCUCUGCAUCUGUGCAAAUCCUCUUGAAAGUAGCAAAGAAUCCUGAAGCAGGAUUGUAGGCUAAGCUUGUAAGCUCUUUAGGUUAGGGCUAAUAUCCUCCUGUAAUUAUUAAAAAGUACUCUUUAGACUUGCAGCUUGUGUCAAUGCCUGUGCUAAUAAAAGAAAAAAAAAAGAUAUGCAGGAGCUGGUCUGGUAGAUACAGAGUCUUCCUAGAUGUGGGCACAGGAGAGGAUGUCCACACUAAUUUGUAUAGAAGGGGUGUUGUUGUCCAGUGCAAGGAAAAAAGGAAGUAUUCUUUUUUGGGUGGUGAAUUUAGCUUCUCAUAGUCUCUGCACAUUUAAAUCCAUGGUGAUUUCUAUUCACAGCUUUUUAAAUGCUUUUCCUUUCAUAGGCAGAAAGAUCAGAUGAUACACUGAAAGGAACGGAUGGUUCUAUGUGAUGAAACAUUGCUGUUUCAUUAUGCAUAAACAGGGAAGUUGAAAUGUUAUUUGUAGAGGAUAAAAUUGAACUUUGCUCAUGAUUUUGUGAACCUCUUUAUUGCAUAGUUCUCCUUCUGCAAACAUCAGGCACUUGACAAUCUCUUUGCCUUUUGUUAUUUCCGGCAGUUUGGAGUCAUCUGUUUUUUUUCUGCUGAACUGUGACAAAGCAGCAGGUGUUGGCUGAAAAGAAUCAAGAUCAUUUUCAGAUUUUGUGCAAAUAUUUAGGAGGAUUUGUGAAGCACUGUAAAAUUCAAUUAGAUUUGCUUCCGGAGGUGUCUCUGCUCUCCUGCCUCCUUUUCCUUAGACCACUGGUUUGCAGUUCCAGAAUAACUUGUCAUCAGUUUUGCAAAAGUAGUUGAUAGCUAGACCAGGCCAAGGCUUUGGGGUUGGUGUUCACACUGGAAAGAGCCAUGCUGGCUGAACGUGUCGUUCUGGAACAGCUAUUUUCUACUAGCCCUCUUCUGAGGGUUUCUGCCCUCUCAAGAGAAAGAACAGCAUGGGCUCAGCUGUAUCUGCUUCAAAAGUCAGCCUGAAAAACAGGCUUAAGCCUUAACUGUAUCAUGUUGUCUGAAGUGAAUGAAUGAAAAAGGAUUCAUGUGAAUCUAACAAGAGGGAGGGGAGUAGAGAGGAACCUCAGAUGGUAGG